UGCCCAACUUAACAACCUUGACUGUGCAUGGAUGUGAUAGUUUAAGAUUCUUGUUUUCGAGUUCCAUGGCUAAAUGUCUCGAACAACUCAAAAAUCUCAAGAUCUUCAGUUGUCAAAUCAUGGAAGAGAUAGUGGGAAAUGAGGAGAAUACAGAUGACAUGUUUGAUAAGUUAAAUCGUUUAGAGCUACAACAUCUUCCAAACCUCGCUAGAUUCAGCUCUGGAAGUUACAUUAAAUUUCCGUCUUUGGCAUAUUUGGAUUUAGACGAUUGUACUAUACUGGAAACAUUCAUCUUUGAUGCUAAGAGUGAAAAUAUUACAACCAACAAAGAAGAAAGAGAUAUUGAGCUCUUUGACGAAAAGGUAGGAUUUCCUAGCUUGGAGAUGUUGUACAUAUGGGACUUACCUAAGUUGAAUACAAUAUUCCACAACCAACUUCAUUCAGAUUCUUUUGGCAGCUUCAGAAUUAUGGAUGUUCGUAGAUGCCACAGUGUAAUUAAUAUCUUUGGGCCAAGUAUCAUGGGAAGAUUGAAAGCUCUAGAGUGCUUAGAAAUACAGCAAUGCCAGUCACUACAAGUGGUAUAUGACACAUCAUCUACUACUCAGUUGAAUGGUUUUGAGUGCCCAAAUCUAAACUCAAUUGAGAUAGACUCAUGCGAUAGUUUGAAAAAUGUCUUUCCCACCUCAGUGGCCAAAGAUCUUAAGCAGCUAAGCCAAUUGACGGUUAAGAAUUGUGGUUUAAUGGAGGAAAUUGUUGUGAAGGAAGAAGGACCAGAAAUGACGUAUGAGAAGUUCGGGUUCCCUAAAGUAACAUCUUUGGAAUUUCAUAAUCUGCCCCAACUUUGGAGUUUCUAUCCAGGACUGCAUGUUUCUAAUUGGCCAUCACUCAACAUGUUACAGCUCACGAAAUGUGGUGGUGUGGAGAUUUUUGCUGCUGAAUUUUCAACAUAUGAAGACAAACUUGAGUUGGGCCACCCAACACCAAUGAAACAGCCUUUCUUUUUAAUUGAAAAGGAUAAGUCAUUCCUCAACUUGGAAUACUUGAUUUUGGACGAGAACACAGAGAUUUUGUAUGGUCCACUCCUGGCAGAGUUGUUGAGAAAACUAAAAGGAAUUGGUUUUGCUACUUCACAGCCCAAGUCAGAUGUUUUCUUUGAGAAAUUCCAAAAUAUUGAAAUUCUCCGUGUGUUCUCUGCUCCUUGGAAAGAAUUAAUUGUCCACAACCACCGAGGAAGUAGCAGCACGGAAAUACAUGAAGUUGAGAGCCUCCCAUGUGUUAAGGUUUUGUGUCUCAGCAAUAUGCCGGAGCUGAUACAUCUAGGAAAGGAGAACUCCCAACCAAGGGGCCGUGUAUUUCCAAACUUGGAAUUUCUAGGCCUAGAAAAAUGUGGCAGAUUAGAGAAUCUAGCUUCAACUUUGAUAUCCUUUAGAAAUCUAACCACUUUGAUCAUAUUGGAUUGUCACGGAUUGCAAUGCUUAAUACCUUAUUCUGAGGCUAAGAAUUUGCAGCAACUCAAGAAUUUGGAAGUUGAGUCCUGCGAAAGAAUGGUAGAAAUAGUGGCAAGCAACGGAGAUGAUACAGAAAAUGAGAUUACUUUCAGUUGCUUGCAAGAUUUGAAACUUUGUGAUCUACCAAGUCUGCAAGGAUUUUGCACUGGAAAUUGCAUUUUCAAGGUCCCAUCCUUACCGUCCAAGAAUUUGAUUGUCGAGAAGUGUCAGCUGAUCGAGUUAAAGAUUUCUCCUGAUGGGUUACUCCAAAGUGAUCCAAGACCAGAAAGACUACAAAUAGCAGAGGAAACUGAUGAUGUACGGAUGCUAAGUGAUUCAAAGGAAAAUGAUCGUGAUCAAACUGACCAGUUGAUGAUUGCGGAGUCAAAUGUAGAUGUUACAAUUGCAAGACUCUCUGCCAAAAAGGAAUCCUCAUCUUUUGGCUGGCGUGUUAAGGUUUUCCGAUUGUGUGCGAUUGCGUGUUUGUGUGUUAUUUCCCUCUUCCUUUUGUUCUUCCUUUUAAAGGAAGAAAUAUCAGCCUGGAGAGCAGACUGGAAGGCACUCUGAUUUGUUGAACCACACUACACAUUCCACGGAAAUCACAUUGGUGUGUUCAAAUUUUUAGAUGGAUAAAAACUAUGCUACUUGGAGUCGAUGGAAAUACGCAUUGGAGAUCCUAGAGGAUGCACUCUAUCUUGGCAUUGGCGUAAUUAUAGUUGCUACUUUCAGUAUACUUAUUUCUAAUUCUUCUUGUUACUUGCCCUAACUAUUCUCUGUUCUCCCCUCAAUAGUCUGUGCCCAGCCUUGCUU